AUGUGGCAUUGUGGUGGUUUGACCUGCUCAAUCUAUCCUCCGACCUGCCUUGCAUCAUGGCGCAAGAUGCUUCACGAUCAGGAGUCGUGCAAGAAUCACUCAGUCACCGUGGUAACUGUCGAAGGGAGCUACGUGCUGAUUCAGAUGUCUCCGAAACCCACAAAUAAAACAGACGGCUCGACCGGUACGGAUAUUGUGGCAACUGUCCGACUUCGCCUCACCUCCACCCGCAUUUUGGACUCCAAAGCGGGGACUGCACCCAAGCAACCUAAAAGUGUUGCUGAUGAUCAUUAUCAUGAGGGUCGUACCACUGCUGCUGCUUUUGCAACUAGUGGGAAUUGCAGUGGUAGCGGCAGUGGAGGCACUCGUCAUGAUGAUGAUGAUGAGCAGACUCAAUUCAGCAAAGCGCUUCUCUGUCUCUCUCCAAGAGUCUGCCGAGACGCGCUUACUGAUAUGAGGCGGGCACUAUGGCUUCAGGCCGCAAUGGCGGCUCAUCCCGCGAGGACGGUGUUGCAAAAUGUUGCACGGUUGAUGCGAUGCCUCAUUCGUGAUUCGCAGCCACUUUCGUGGGGCCACUUUCCCGAUUACGUGAGCAGUGUUUCUUAUAAUCUCAAUUUGCCUUGUUUUUCUGGUCCCUUACAAAUUGGUGGGGAAGAGCGGCUGCCUUAG